CUUCUAAGGCGUUCGCGUUCGCGUGAGCCCCGAACCCUCUACCGCCACCCCAUCCUCUACACAGCUCGGGGCGCAAGUUGGUUUUAUUGGGAGAGACUUAGACUGGCAAAGACCUUGUGAAUAGAGAGAGGAAUUCAGAGAAGUUGCGAUUUUUUAAAAAAAAAAAUCAAGGGAAACGUCUUUAAAUGCUAAGUAAAAGCCCUAACCCGGGCACCUGGGUAUCGGUAGGGGUCACAGGUGGAGAGGUGCGGGACGCCUGGAGUUCAGAAGUCCAGACCGAGUGGGAAGGUCUGAGUAAGGAGCCGCCCACAAGGAGCUCCAAGUUCAGGGCGGGGCUGUGGAGUCGCUCUGGUGGAAAGACUCAUCCGAAAGCAAACGAGCCUGAGUCAGCGCUGCCCUAGGGUCCCUCCGCCCCUGGGGGGCGGGGGUGGUGUCACAGAUGGGCCCCGGAGUAGAGUAGGGCAGAAGAAACUGGGCCAAGCUGCACUUUUACCUCGAGGGGCCUCGAGGGCUCUCCGUGUCUCUGGAAACAAGGGCACUACAAGCACUUCAGGAUGAAGAGUUGCGGGAGCAUGCUGGGGCUCCCGGGGCUGCGGCUCCCCCCGGCGGGGUUCCUGCUCCUGUUGCCGUUCCUGCUGCUGCUGCUGCCCGCAACCCCCGCGCCCCAUCGGGCUUCCUACAAGCCGGUCAUCGUGGUGCAUGGGCUCUUUGACAGCUCGUACAGCUUCCGCCACCUGCUGGAAUACAUCAACGAGACACACCCUGGGACUGUGGUGACAGUGCUCGAUCUCUUCGAUGGGAGAGAGAGUUUGCGGCCCCUGUGGGAACAGGUGCAAGGGUUCCGAGAGGCUGUGGCCCCCAUCAUGGCAAAGGCCCCUCAAGGGGUGCAUCUCAUCUGCUACUCGCAGGGGGGCCUGGUAUGCCGGGCACUGCUGUCUGUGAUGGAUGACCACAAUGUGGAUUCUUUCAUCUCUCUCUCCUCUCCACAGAUGGGACAGUAUGGAGACACGGACUAUUUGAAGUGGCUGUUCCCCACCUCCAUGAGGUCCAACCUCUACCGCAUCUGCUAUAGCCCCUGGGGCCAGGAAUUCUCCAUCUGUAACUACUGGCAUGACCCCCACCAUGAUGACUUGUACCUCAAUGCCAGCAGCUUCCUGGCCCUGAUCAAUGGGGAAAGAGACCAUCCCAAUGCCACUGCUUGGCGGAAGAACUUUCUUCGUGUGGGCCGCCUGGUGCUGAUUGGGGGCCCUGAUGAUGGUGUCAUUACCCCCUGGCAGUCCAGCUUCUUUGGUUUCUAUGAUGCAAAUGAGACGGUCUUGGAGAUGGAGGAGCAACUGGUUUAUCUGCGGGAUUCUUUUGGGUUGAAGACUCUCCUGGCUCGGGGGGCCAUAGUGAGGUGUCCAAUGGCUGGGAUCUCCCACACGGCCUGGCACUCCAACCGUACCCUUUAUGAGACCUGCAUUGAACCUUGGCUCUCCUGAGGGAUCCCUCAGGAACUCCCCAGCCCAGAGACCAAGUGGUAGCCUUGGAUGUCAGGCCUUGGUGUGCCCGUGACCACCUCAUCGCUCUCCCACCAACCAGGGCUCCCAGGGCCCCUUCCUCCGCUCUUCUGUGAAAGGCAAAUCCUGGUUUCCACCAUCUCGUGUCCUCUCGUUUGGGGCUCGCUGCAAGCUCCCCCACCCUCUUAAGGCCAAGCUUGGGAAGUGAGAAGCCAGGUUUACUCGUGGCUGCUCCUCGACUCUGGCCGGAGGCGCAGAAUCCAGCUCCUGCCCACCACAGGGGUCUCCUUCCAGGCCACUCAGGACAUUUUUAGCUUCUGUUUUCCCCAUGUUCCCUGUUCGUCUGAACUCCCCUGUUGUGAGCCCUCCCAACCCCCAGGAAGGACCACCCAUGAGAGUGGGGUUCUGAGGCUCCCCUAUGGGGACAUUUCCAUUCUUGAAGUGUCAGUGUUGGGGAAUAUCUGUGGCCCGUGAGGCCCAUCUCAGGUUUGGGGAUCCCCCAGUCCCUAUGUUCAGUAUUGGGGUGCCCUUGGGGAGCCCAGUUUCUUUGAGGCUCCAGCCCCUCUUUUAGCUACCCUUGAAUGGGUGUUACCCCUGUAUUUAUGGAAAUAAAGUUCCAUUUACUCA